GACACGAUCACGACCACGACCAACCCUAGUGUGACGGCUCUUUUGACUCCGGCGUUCCUGUGGCGGCGGGCCUCCUCCGGCAAGUCGGCGCCACCUGCGCUCCGAGCUCAAAGCCUCCAACCUGCAACCACGAUCUCCUGCUCCUUCGGCGAGCCCACGGCAAAUACCAACGCUUGCUGCCCUACUCCUCCUGCUCCAAAGCCCUCAGCAGAUCCUGUAUAACUCUCAAGGUUGGCAAGCUCGCAGCAACAGCCUCUCAGGCCCUGCCUCCCUAUCCUGUUAGCUGUCGUGGCACUGCUCUAGGGCCAGCUGGCCAUGGAGCAUCUUGCCAUCUUAAGGCUGACACUGCUCCAAGCCUGCAAUCGAAGACUAAUCGUCCAGACAAGGAGAUCGCUGAUCGGGUAAGAGUUACGCUUGUUCCCAACCUUGCCUGUGGUUGUUGGGCCGCUAAUUUGCUUCGCUGCGUAUAUCGGGCUGCUUCAGCCCCACUCUGAUGAUAUGUCCCGAGUUGUGGACCAACUCUUAAAGUUGAUCGUCACCUUUACAGGUUUGUCUCGUUUAAGCAGAUCUAGAAUCAUCUGAUGUAUAAAUGUGUUUACUAGCCUCCUGGGACUAGUAAUUGUAUCACAUUUGAGUCCUAGAGGAUUGGGGCGCUUCAGUUCACUAGUUAUCUCAGUUAUAAGAAUCUCACAUAAAGCUUUCACUAGUCAAUAAAUAGCUUAAUAAAGAUGUACAAGUUAUUAAAAAGAGCAAACAAGUUUAUAACAAGUUUUUUCUUCCCCUUUUCUAUUUCUUCUUUUUAUUUUCCCUCUAUUGUUUAUGUUUUCUCUCUACCGUAUCAUGUCAUGUCCCACUCUCGCCUCCACGUGUGUAUGCUCGCAGCAUCCACAACAUGCAUGUUGUCUCGCAAGAUCCAUCAUCUCCAUCCUGCCAUCCCAUCGAGAGCGUCAACUACAGUUCGUAAAUUCUGUGAGGGCCGCUCCCAUCACUGCAUGCCUUCGCAUCGAUUCUCUAACGAAAUAACUUUGGUUUUGUUUGGUAGAGCUUCAACUCGUUGAAAAAAUAGUUUAUCAGAGCUGGUGAAAAGCUUUCAACUUAUUAUUUGUUUUCAGUUCAUCUAAGAAGCAGUUGGCUUAAGAGCAUGUACAAUCCUAUUUACUAUGUUGUCGUUUUUAUGAAUAGUCGUAUAGAGAUGUGUUCUUCGCGG